GAGGUCACCGCGGCGCUCCCCUCCCAUCCUCCAGAGUUUUGGCGUUCCUGGAGUCCGCGUGCGUGAGAGGUGGACUCCGGCUGGGGACACUGAGGCGUAUAAAUUGAUGGGCGAACCAAAUGCUGCUCAUCAUUUUCCCAGAAACUCCUCAGGCAACGGGACUCAGACAGAACGAGCGACAUGACGUUCUGCAGGCUGCUGGCGGGUCUCAUGCUCUCCUGCGUCUGCACAGCCAACCGUGUACACACCGCCACCACUGUAAAGACCACUACCGUUGCACAGAACGAAACCGACGUACAGAACGCCACCACCCCGGUCACACCGCCCGAACCCGUCGAACACGCGCAGCAUACCUACGGCAGUGACCCCAACACCUUCUCCAUGGAUGAUCCCACGACCACAUCCUCGGACGACCUCCCCUACUUCCAAGACGACUACAUGUUGGCCAUGGGCAACAACACGGGCAACAACCGGCUCCGGUCGGGGGGGGUGGAGGGCAUGGAGAUGGGGCCCGCCGGGGACAUCUGCGACUCCAUCCUGCCGGGGGCCCAGGUCCCCUGGAUGUGCUACUGCCGCUUCUGCAAAGGAGGCCAGGGGCCCAAAGGGGACCAGGGCUUCAGAGGGCUCCCAGGCACAGGGCAGAGCAAGGCACCCACACAGCCCGGUGAGGGGUUCCAGUCCCUGCGCGGUCGUAUUGUAAGGUUGUUGUCUUCUGAUGAACCCCCACUAGGGAGUCCCGGGAGCCCGGGGAGGAGAGGCUUGACGGGGUUCAGAGGUCGUCCGGGGUACACGGGCCAGCCAGGCCUGAAGGGUCAGAAGGGAGAUGAUGGAGAGAAAGGCGAUGUGGGACCAGCGGGAAUGUACGGAUCAAAGGGGGGCAGAGGUUUCAAAGGAGACAAAGGGGACGUCGGGUUUGUCGGGCCCAUGGGUGUAAUGGGGCCUCCCGGAGAGGACGGCACCUGCCCUGCGUCAUGUGACAGCGUCGAGGGCCCGACUGGCCACCCUGGACUCCCUGGGAGUGCCGGCGGCAGGGGCCUCCCGGGGCUGAUGGGCCCCAGGGGGCCGAUGGGCCCCGGAGGACUGAAGGGAGACAUGGGUAUGAAUGGAGCCGACGGGUCCGACGGGAUGAAGGGCAUGAAGGGGGAGGAGGGCCCGUGCGACUGCUCUGACGGAGAACAGGGCCCCCCGGGGCCGCAGGGGCCCAUGGGGACGAAAGGAGAGGGCGGCGUCGACGGCGCUCCCGGGCCCGAGGGCGAGACCGGACCGCAGGGCGGCGAGGGCCCCAUGGGUUACACCGGGGCCCCGGGACCCUGCUCCCCGGCCAUCCAGUCGGCGUUCUCCGCCGCCGCCGCCUCGUCGUUCCCGCCCCCCAACAGGCCGGUCGCCUUCACCACGGCGCUCUACAACCAGGGCAACUUCAACCCCGUCAUGGGCAUCUACCGCGCGCCCGUCAACGGCACCUACGUCUUCAGCUACAACCUGGCCGUCAGGGGCAAGCCGCUGAUGGUCGGCCUGUACCACAACUUCAGGCCGAUCGUCAGGACGACGGUGACCAGCGACCCGGGCGUGGCGAGCCAGCAGGUGGUGCUCCACCUGAGCCUGGGCGACGAGGUGUGGCUGCUGGUGAAGGACACGGCCACCAACGGGAUGAUCGCCGCCGGCGAGAACAGCAGCACAUUCUCGGGCUUCCUGCUGAACCCCGACAACUGCAUGCUGCCCCCCAUGAUGGGACGGGACGGAGGCUCAGUCAGCUAUGAGGAGACUGCUACGGCCGUGUACAGCUGGGGAUCACUAGCUACAGAGCCCUCCCCCACCACCCCAUAUAACCAGUCAACCAGCCAGCCAGCCAGCCAGGGGUCGGCCAAGCUCUAGGCUUUUUGCACAAAACAGAAAAUGUGCACCCACGAUUUUGAAUGGGGUUACACACACAGACACACGCGCACACACACACAUACACCCACACCCACACACACACACGAACAACAACAAGGAAGGCUUAUGAAUAUGUUAAGUGUGUUAGAUCUUUGAGAAGUGUAGCAGUGAUCUUACAAUCAAAGGCCUGAUUGUUUCUAGAAAAUCUAGGUCUCGUGUUUUGAUCUCGCUGGAUCUGAACAUUAAGUCUCUCUUGGAACUUCUUGAGAUAAGCUUUAGCUUAAAUCAUAGCAGACGCAUCCUUUUAGAGUUUCAAAUCAGGUGUGGAACAGAGAGGCUUGACAAGUAGGAGAACCCGCCUAGUACAGACUCCGCAUCGACGUUAGCCACGCUGUUAAACAUUUAGAUACCAAUAAACAACUUUCCUUUCCAGGAGAGCUGGAGCACAAUUCUACAGAUCUGAAAUCGCUCCCGAGUUUUUCCAGAGAAAAAUUCUAUUUGAAAUCAUUAAGUGUGGUGAUGUUUCAUUUGCACGUUUCCCACAUGCAGUGCUUUCCGCCCCCGAAAUGUACGCCUGAGCAUAGGUUUCUACCGAGUCGCCGCCGCCUGCAUUUUGAAGCGUCUUAGCCCGAGUCUGGCGUCGUGGUGACGCCAGACUACGAAGGGAUGCGAAGAGGAGGAGGCUUGUAGUGUAGGCUGGUUAUUCUACGCCGUGCACACAGUUUACCACAGAGGCUCCACUGAAGCACUGAAGAGAGGGCGUCAGCGAUGCCGGUGAACAAGUCUGCACCUGAGAUGAAGGAAAAGGGUGCCGCCAGUGGGAUGCUUACGGAUGUCUGCCAGGCGCUGUGCUGGGACCUGACCCGGUGGGGGGGGGGGGGGGGGGCUUGUAUUACCGAUAUAGUUAUUGUGAAUGUGCUUUCUUGUUGUGUUCACGAUGACAAUAUGUAUGAGGGCCCGCCACAGGGGGACGCUGUUUGAGACACGUUGCUAGACAUGCUUCACGCUUUACUUCUUCAAUAACUUCAAUCUGUUUCGAAAAUAAAUUCAAACUGAAACUUCAAAUGGA